AUGGAGUGGCAAGAAUGCAAGGUAAAGAUGAUGGUCGAAGUGCCUGUAGCACUUGCUUAUGAACUCUAUUCCGAUCGAGAAUCAAUUCCUACAUGGAUGAGUUUCAUUUCAUCCGUAAAGAUACUCAAGGACAAACCCGAUUUAUCUCGAUGGACUUUGAAAUAUAAAGCGUUUGGUCAGAAUCUUGAGUACUCUUGGCUUGCCAAGAACUUGCAGCCUCUCCCGAACCAGAAAAUACACUGGAUUUCUCUUGAAGGACUUCCUAAUAGGGGCACUGUUCGGUUUUUCCCUCUAGGACCUUCAUCGUGUGAAGUAGAACUAACCUUUGCAUAUGAAGUGCCAUUGCUACUUAUACCAUUUGCAGCAGCGCUUCAACCUCUAAUGCAAGGAUUGAUCAAGAACAGUUUGGAGCAAUUUGCAGAGAUAGCAAAAAGCACAAAGACCACUUGA